CUGAAUAGAUCAGAGGCAGGAUGUGUGCGUGCAUACCAUGAAGUAUACCAUUUGUCCUUUCUUUUCUUGCACCCAGGUCUGAUCUGAAGCAGAUGUCUGUGACCAGAAGUGUGGAGAACAUCCAGUUUUUGCCGUUUCUCACAACCGAUGUCAAUAACCUGAGUUGGCUGGGCUAUGGGUUCCUGAAGGGCGACUGGACCCUGAUUGUUGUCAACGCAAUUGGCGCAGCACUUCAAUCACUUUACAUUCUUGUCUAUUUCUACUUCAGCACAGAGAAGGGAGCUGUACUGUUAAAAACUAUGGCCUUACUGGCGGCACUCUUGGUAGGUUACUGCUACUUCAGCCUCCUGAUCCCAGAUGUUUCCAUGCGACUAAGUCGCCUGGGACUCUUCUGUAGUCUUUUUACCAUCACCAUGUACCUCUCACCAUUGACUGACUUGGCCAAGAUUGUGAAGAGUAAGUCAACACAAUGCCUCUCCUUCCCUCUGACUGUGACAACGUUUCUGGCUUCGGCCUCCUGGACCCUGUAUGGCCUGCUUCUUCAGGACCUUUACAUUGCGAUCCCCAACUUGCCAGGCAUUGCAACUAGUCUGGUGCGGUUCUGGCUCUUCUGGCGUUUCCCUCCAGACCGCGACAGACCGUACAGGCCACUACAGGCCUGAGGAUCAGGGCCUUGACUGACGGAGAAGCUGCUGGCCACAGAAGGGGAAGAACACCCAGACUUGGUGGUGUCUCCACUCCUCCAUAGAGUGCACAGCAGCCUCUGAAUGCCCAAAAGACAUCCUGACUCCACAAGUGCCUUGUCGGUGGGGCAAUUCCUUUGUCUCAGGCUGAAUGGGGCUGGGAGGCAAAGGAAACAAACGGGGCCUCACCGGUGAGGCCCCAGUGCCCCUCUUGCCUGUCUGGGCACUCAGGGUGCAAGUGGACAGACAUCAGUGGAGUGUGAGACAUGCAGAAAUCACUAUUCAAAGAAAAAAAUGAUGGCUUAGAAAACCCUGGAGUGGGCCUCAUCUUUCAUUCUUGCCUCUUAAAAUAUAGUUUGAAAAGUACCUUUCUGAGGACUAAAAGAAAAAAAUUCUGAUGGGCUAUGAGGACUUUCCAUUCCACACUUUCCUGAGUUCUGUUCUGAUAACCUUUUCACUGACCUGGCCUGUGUCAUCUACUGAUGCCAUUUGCUGCCAUCAAACCUGUGGUGGUUGCAUUCCUGCAUUACUAAGAAGGACUGUUGGACAUGCUCACUUGCCUGUACCUUUCUCCUUUUACCUUCCUAGCCUUCCCCAGCCUGGCAUCCUCCAUAUGUAGUAGAACACAUGUCCCAUUUUCCCUAGCAUUGUGUUCAUGGGGACAAUGGGAGUUAUAGACAAGCGUGUCCUGUGGGUGCCUGGUUGAGAAAGGCCCUACCAUUUUGCUCCCCCUUCCCCAAACAGUUGGUCAAAUCUAUGGGGUGACGGAAACAAAACAGUUGAGAAAUCCUAGCACUAACAAGGAAACAGUCCCCCCCCCCAACUCCGUUAUUUCUUCUGCCUCAGUAUGAUUGUUUUAAAGUGCCUUGUAAUAAAAAGGACUGUUUGUGGAAA